GCGAGUGUCAGAUUUCACGGUUUUCUCCGCAGCUGAACUUCAUCACAAAGUCCUCCAUUAUCAUUAUCAUAUCAACAGCACUGUGUUCGACUGUGUUUGGUUUUAUUCUAUUGGCUCUUUAAAAUAGUUUAUCUGGAGGUCGAAAAACACUUCAUAAGUGUUGUUUUUAUAAAAGUAUUACAGACUACUACCGGUGCGCCAUGGCAGACCAAGCCGAGCACGGAGCGCCUCCCCCGGCCGCCGCCCGGCCCAGGAGACCCGCUCACAACACCAACCCCAACCUACGACGGAGAAGUCGACAAAGUCAACCGAAACGGGCGUCUAAUCGGGUGCUCUUAGAGAAGGUGUUGGGCAUCACUUUGGCCAAUGGCAGCAGUCUGGCGUGUGACCCCUCCUCCGGUCUGGUGGCCUACCCUGCUGGAUGCGUCAUCGUGCUCCUUCAUCCUGCGAAGAACAAACAGAGUCACAUCAUCAACUCAUGCAGGAAGACGGUGUCAUCGUUGGCCUUCUCUCCGGAUGGGAAGUACCUGGUGUCCGGUGAGAGUGGCCACAUGCCGUGUGUGCGCGUGUGGGACGUGUGUGAGCGCUCCCAGCUGGCUGAGGUCCAGAGCCACAAGUACGGUGUGGCCUGCGUGGCCUUCUCCCCAAGCUCCGCCUACAUCGUCUCCGUCGGUUACCAGCACGACAUGACCGUCAGCGUGUGGGAGUGGAAGAAGGGCACGGUGAUAGCCUCUAACAAGGUGUCCAGUGGUGUGGCGGCCGUCUCCUUCUCUGAGGACAGCAGCUCCUUCGUCACCGCAGGGAAACGACACGUCAAGUUCUGGAACCUGGACGCCUCUAGGGAACGCAGGGUGAACAGCACGGUGCCCCUGAUUGGGCGGUCCGGGCUCCUGGGGGACUUCAAGGGCAGCGUGUUCUGCGGCGUGGCGUGCGGGCGGGGCGCGGCGGCGGACAACACAUACGCCGUCACCAGCGGGGGGCUGCUCUGUCUGUUCAACAAGAGCCGUGACCUGGAGGCAUGGGUGCACCUCAAGACGGCGUCGGCCCGCUGCUGGCGGUCUCUGACCCCCCUCAACCUGCAGUUCAUCUCCAGCCUGCCCCGCCCCCACCGCCUGGGGGUCCAGCUCCAGUACCAGGGACGGGCCCCCAUGGGCCGGCCCCCCGACCCUCGAACUGGGGGGGCCCCGGCCCCCGCUAACCGCUACAGCAAGGACGCCGCCGGGGCUGAUGGGGAAAUCAGGCGUCCGGGGUCCUCGGAGUCAGCCCUGAUGGACGACACAUCGCCGCCGGCGACCGCAACUGGAAACCUGCGUGUGAAGCUUCUGGCCUCGGCCAGCAGAGACCGUCUGACUCACACGGCUUCAACCUGGAGAACAACUUCAGCCCUGCAGCAAAGCCCUCUACGACCAUCUGGCUCCAUCCCGCGCAUCAAGUUCACUGGUCCUACUUCCUGUGUUGUAGAUUCUUCUUCCUGUGUUCUAGGUCCUACUUCCUGCGCUCCGAGUGCAGCGGUCAGCCUGGUGAGCUGUGGAGCCGAUAAGAGCAUCUACUUCCGCCGGGCGGAGCAGACGGCGGAGGGCGUGGUUUUCUCCAGGAGCCACCACGUGGUGGAGAAGACCACGCUGUACGACAUGGACCUGGACCCGUCCCGCCGCCACGCCGCCGUAGCCUGCCAGGACCGCAACAUCCGGGUCUACGAGGUGGAGACGGGGAAGCUCCAGAGGUGUCUGAAGGGGUUCUCGAGUGACGAUGGAGCCGUUCUGAAGGUGCAGGUGGAUCCCUUGGUUUCCACAGAGAUCGUCACCAGUAUGAAGUUCACCCUGGACUGCCGGUACCUGGUCACCGUGUCUGGGGACAGCUGUGUGUUCCUGUGGCGCCUGGACUCCCAGAUGACCACCACCAUGAAGAAGACGCUGGCCCGGCGGAGGCUGGAGGCGGGGCUUAUUGUCGACAACAGACCAACCAGCAAGCAGCUCUCCAUCAGGAGGGAGACCUUCGUCGCUCUACCUGCAGGCAAGCUUCCUCUUCCUCCCACCUUGGAGGAGAACACAGAGGCUCCUCCUGAGACCCCCGCCCGCCUGCUGCCCCCAGAGGAGUCGCUGCUCCUCGAGACCAACGGCAAGCUGCCCAUGUGGUUCCGCAAGCUGGAGGGCGGGGCGGGCCUCCAGGUACCUGCGGUCCCACGCGGUCGCUGGGCUCAGCAGGCCUGCCCCCUCACUAUCUACAGCCCCCCUGCCGCAAGCCACGCCUCCCCUGACCUGGGGGAGGAGCCAGGGGAGGAGCCGGGGGAGGAGCCGGACGAGGAGCAGGACGAGGAGGGCCUCUUCCACCCCCAGAGUUUGGACAGCCUGCUGGGCGGCUUGGAGGAGGAGGAGGCUGCUGAGGAGCCCUCUGAGCCGAUUGGCUGUGCAGGCACUGACAUCAUGAACCAAACCUUUGUUUCAUCUUCAACCUUUACGGCAGAUGGGGACUUCGAGGUGCAGGCGGCAGAGCAGCGUGGGGUUCGUCAGGGGGCGGAGCCAGGGGCAGAGCUGAGCCAGGACUCCGCCUACUGCGACGGAUCAGCCGGAUACCAGCAGGACGACACAGACUCCCUGAGCCAGGCCAGCUCCCUGGGAGCUCAGGGUGGAGAGGAGGUGGAGGAGAACCCCGGCCUGAUGAAGACCCACUUUGACACGCUGGCCACGCCCACAGAGCGUUUCGACACUGACCUGCGGGCGCUGCAGGUGCAGGCGCCGUUCCUCAACCCCCGCCUCAGCAUCUCCACGCGCUUCCUGUCGCGCUUCCAGGACCGCCUCCGACUCGGCCCCCCGCACUCCCUCCCUCCUCCCAUCUCUGAGGAGCCCUGUCGACAGGUGACCCGGCCCCUGCGGCCCCUGAGCUCUGCCGAGGAGACCCCGUCGAACCCCAGAGGAGCUCUGGGAUUGGCCCGACAGCCUGUCACUCUAGUGAGGGUGUUGAGGGCCCUCCCGGACUCCAGGCGAAGACGGACCGGCCUGCUGCCCCAUCAGCCCCUGCUCCCCAACCGGUCGCUACGGCGACGCAAAACCCUGGCGGUCAUCUACUGCCGAGGAGGGCUGGGAGCAGAGCUCCCAGACAGGACCCUGUCCACCAGUCUGCCCAGCGAGGGGCCCAGACCCCUCCCCGGCCCAGUCCUCCUCCCCCAGGGGGGUGCCAGCCUACAGGAGGUCCUCUGCGCUCCAGCUGAAGGCCUGGAGCCCCUCAGCCUGGAGCCCUUCAGCCCGGAGCCCCUCAGCCUGGAGCCUCCCCCCAGCCUGGAAACUCCCCCCAGCCUGGAGCCCAUCAGCCUGGAGCCUCCCAGUCUGGAGCCUCCCCCCAGCCUGGAACCUCUCAGCCUGGAGCCUCCCAGCCUGGAGCCCCCGACCCUUGAGCCCCCCAGCCUGGAGCUCUGUCAGCAGGCUGCUCAGGAGUUGCGGCAGGCGGUGCAGCGGGCGCUGAACCUGCAGCGGCAGGUGGACGGCGUGUGUGCGUCCGAGCGGCGUGUCGCCAUGGCGACGGUCCUCGAGGAGGCGCUGGUCUCCGCCCACAACGACCUUGGCGCCGUCUGCGCGUCUGACAGGAAGUGCAGCCCUGACUCCGCCCCUCCGCGACCGGAGGCUGACGAUAGGACGAUGGAGCUGCUGGAGAGAUACUCUGACCUUCUGCUGAACAUGACCCGUGGCAAAGUGGAGCAGCAAAGCAUCAUGGGAGUCGUGGACAACCCUGGGUCGCAUUAGCAGCAAAGCAUCAUGGGAGAUGUUGACUCCCCUUGCUCGCAGCAAAGCAUCAUGGGAGAUGUUGACUCCCCUUGCUCGCAGCAAAGCAUCAUGGGAUAUGUUGACUUCCCUUGCUCGCAGCAAAGCAUCAUGGGAGAUGUCAACGUUCCUCGUCUUCAUGUAAAUGUUUUGUAUAAAGGUUUUAUAUUUAAGUAUUUAAUUAGAGUUUUGUGCAAAUAUCUGAAUUUUCCAAUGUUAUGGAUCAUUUUUAUACUUUUGGGAGAAAUGGAAAACAGGUUUUCAGUAGUUUCCAUAGCAACACGUCCUAUUAUGGGAUGUGCUGUGCGGUCAGCUCUGGACACGCCUCGAAAGUCAGUCAGUAUUAAAGUUUUAAAGUUUCAGCUUUGCCCUCAGAGUCGUGAAUAAAAGCAGCGUU